AUGGCGGGAGCCUUUGGAAACAACAGGAGCGGGCGGCUGCUGCCUGCGCAGCUACCUCUGCCGAGCUGCACUUUCCUGGGCACUGCGAUUUCUCCUCUUUCUCUGGAAGAGCUUGAAGUUCAAGUGUACAGGGAGCAGCCGUGGCUGCAGCGGGAGUGGGGAGACCAGCAGCUCCCGGCGAAGCUUCUGCUUGCUGCGGCAGCUCGUGCUGCCAAAACCGAAGCGCGCCGGACCCAGGAGACCUUUAGGAAGGCUGAACGAGCAGCAGCUGCAGCAGAAACAGAGGCAGCUCGUGCUGAUGCUGCAGAGGAGGAGCAAAGGGCAUAUAAUGAGCUGGGAGGAAUCCAUGAAACGACGUUGAAAGGCUCAGAAGCAACAACAACAGCAACAACAGCAACAACAACAACGACGACAACAACAACAACAACAAAAACAACAACAACAACAACAACAGCAACAACAAAAACAACGACAACAACAACAGCUGAAACAGCAGCAACAAAAAAAAAACUGGCGGAGCGCUGCCGCGAACUCGCUGUAGCUAAAAGAAAAGCUGCUUUGUACUACUGGGACGGGGAAACAGAACUAACCGAAGAUGAAGAUACACCCCAAAUUACUUACAAACCUAAAUGGGGUGUACGUCCACCGCGGCAACGCCAGGAGGUCGGAUCGGAAGACUUCGCUUGUGGGGAAUUUUCUUCUUCGCGCUCAUCUCGAGCGACUUACUUUGGGGGACGUCCUGAGGACUUUAUGGAUGAGGAAGACAAGAAGCACGCUGCGCGAGCUGCCAGGGGGAGAGCUUCUGCUUUCCAGUGGGAGGGAGGGGCCCCCUCAGCGGCAGCCGCAUCAGUAAACUCCUCUGGUGUUGCUUCUUCUUGGUUUAGGGCUGAGGGGGCGGAUGAGACGCUGCCUUUUUAUCUUGCUCACGAAAGAGAACCUUUACGUGCAAAUUUGCCCCAAUGGCGCAUGCACUCCAUGCGGCGUCACCAGUGGAUGCGAGCCAUGCGGCGACUCCGAGAUACAAAUAAAACUAGCAGCAGCAGCAGCAGCAACAAUGCGAGAGGGAUGGGUGCGUUGCUGCAAGAAGGAGGGAGGGGAGCUGCAACACGAGGCCCCCAGCUUCCUCCGCACGUCGAGGAGAUGAGACAGCUCCUGCGGGCCCAGCAACAGCAGCAGCAGCAGCACCUAGAUCAAGGAAGUCCUGAUAUUGCUUCCGGUUCUGCUAACAGCAACAGAGGAAGCAACAGCAGCGCUAGCGACAGUGCAGGGGAGGCGAGUACACGGGAGACACAAGGGCCCCCCAGAGAAGAGGAGACAGGGGGUUCAGUCCUGUCGCUGCUUGCUGCUGAGGCAACUGCAGCAGCAGCCGAAGAUGAUGAUUGGGGGUGGGCUGCAGCACAGCGGCUGUUGCGGCUGCAGCCCUUGGGACCCGCCCAAGCAGGCCUGGGUUUCUACGAGCAGCAGCCCCACCAGGACCUGCAGGCAACGGCAAGCCGUCCUCACCCCGCUAACCCCUACACUAGCAGCAGCAGCAGCAGUAGCAGCAAAAGCAGACGACGAUAUCUGUGCAACUAUUCUCUUGAUGACGAUGAUGAUGGAGAUUGUCUAUACAGCAGCACAGCCCCAACAUGCGGCUUAUACACAAUCAGCGACAAGGGGGGCCACUUGGAGGCAAGUGAAGAGACAGGCAAGGAGCAACAGGGACUGGAAGAAGUAGAAGUCUUAGAAGGGGAGACAAUGCAUACAAGGAUACCUCAAGAGGAGAGAGAGAGCAUCAUCCCAGAGAUGUAUACAGAAAAGAGACACCCCGCCGUGCACGAGACAGCAGCAGAGACAGAUGAGGCGCUGGACGAGAGGGAAUGGAUUUUGCAACUAGACUGCGACUUGCCUCUGCUUGCUGUCCCGGCAGACUUCAGUGGUGUCCAUGUAGAAACAGAGGAGGAUAUGAAGGCCUGUUGGGGUGAAUGCGCAACUGCCAGUAGAGAUGCAACAGGAGACAAAGAGUCAGAUUCAGAGAAGGAGACAGAUGUAGGAAAGGAAAGAACCCAAGACCUGGAUGCAGAUACACAAGAGAGCACCAGCUGCAUGCAAACUGCAGAAAAGAACAAGCGCGGUCGCGGAUUCAGCAGCAGCUCUGGCGGGCUGCUCAUGGGAGCAGCUUGCCCGACGCGAGCAGCAGCGGCAGCAGAUGAAGCAGCAGUAGCAGCAGAUGCAUAUGCAGGCGGGAGGAGACAGCCGUUAUGGGGCGGUGUUACAUCUGACAGCCGCCGCUCGUUGCUGCAGCAGAUUGCAGGAAGGGAGGUGCAUUGGUUGCAGGAGGGGACUGAAGAAGCAGCAGUAGCAGCAGCACAGCAACCUACUUGGCUGCAGCAGCACCAGCAGCAGCUGCUGCGCCGCAACCAGCAGCACCGCAUGCAGCAGCAGCUUCAACAAAUGCGCCACCGCCUCAACAGUCUACUUCUCCCCUUUGUCUCCGAUCCAGAGACACAAAAGCGAUUUGAAAUGUACAUGCAGCUGCGGGAACAAAAUCAGCUGGAAUUGAUAUUUUCCUGUUUUGUCACGAUCGGGCAUUAG